GAGAGAUGGAGGGCGAGGGCGAGGGCGGGUUCGAAGAGGCGCUUCUAGGACUGGAGAUGGCGCACGGGAUGGAAUGGCGUCCAAGGUCUGUGCUAGAUCCUCCCCCGAGUCUCAUCUUCGAAGAAGAAGCCGAACAGGAAGCCGCCGAACAGGAGAUCCUCCAAAGAGGCGUGCGAGACGCCGAUUUGGGGCCAGAAGACGAGUUUUGCUUGUCUCCUCUCUACCUCAUCACGGGCAACGCGCACCUAGAUGUAUCCGAAAGGGAAAAGUGGAAGAUUCUAGGCGAAGGAAUCGUCGAUAGUCCCAGGCAUCUCAUGGUCGCAGGGCAGGCUAUAGUGGAAAGGAACGCCAUGGCUACUUUCAGGAUGGACGCCCGCGGAAAAGAGGAUAAGCUGGUGCCGGGGGUUUUCUUUCCCUUGAGCUCCAGCUAUGGGGCCAGUGCUCGACACAUGCUGAAAGACGAGAAAGGCAACGUCAUGACGCGAUGGCGGGCUGCCUUGGUCACAACUUUCAGGCCAGAAAUGCUCUUGAAAGCUGCGACGCCCAGGGCGCUGUUGGAAUUCAAGGAACUUCCAGUGGUCGCUGACGUGAAAACCGUGGAUCCUGUGCUGGAUGUCAUUCACGCUGGAAACGGGGAGGCGUACUUGGAGAAUGCAGAUGCGGGAUUGUGGGAGACCACAAAAGACGAUAAGUUUGGAGACUGCAAGAGGGCUACAACAUCUCCAAGGUUUGCGACUUUCUGGUUGCCUUGUUCUUUGGAGGCCGAAGCUGAGGAUGCAAAGGAUGCUGCCUGCGGCAUGGUCAGCUACCCCUGUUCUUCUGUUAUCAGGAAAGUGCUGGAGAGUGGAGAGGAGCAGGAAAAGUGGGCAUUGUUGAAAACGUACUCCUUUCUCGUUGAAGACGAGUACCGGAGCGAAUUGGCGAAGCACAACUCUGAUCAGGAUCUCCUGCAGUUCAAAAUGGAGUUAACCAAAAGACUCGCACUCAACAUCGAGAGUGCACUAAAAGAGUCGUUUUGUGGUUUCGUAGACGGUGACUCGAUUCUCAGUGUAGGCAGGGUUGUCGAUUACAAUUCUACAAUGGUGGCAACGUCUCUUUCUUCGCUCUCUGGAUCAUCUGGAGCUCCGAUAUUCCUUUUACAACCGGGGUUGGACCUUGUGUUUUUUGCAGUACAUAACGGGGCACCUCUAAGAGCGGCAAACUACAAUCUGGCGACUUCUACGGAUAAUCCAACCUUUGUUCUACAAUACUUGUCCGUAGUUCUAGGCACUUUGCCAUUGCCGUCACAUAGCUACUGGAAUGGGCAGCGGCGGAGGUUGCGUGCUUUUGAGCGUUGGCUGGCACGACACCUUGGAGUUCUAAGAGACGUUGCAAACAGCCAUGAACAGAGGGCUUGGCUUUCUCACGUUGAGGAUUUAGUUGCUGCCAGAAGAAGAAGACUGGACCUUAACGUUGUCACGGCUGGGUAGAGUUUCUAAGCAAUAAAGGAACUGAGUGCUCUUUGAGCUCAGCCGUUGGAUCUUGGCUGGUUAUAUUCCAUAACCGGCCAAUGCCAAGAGAUGGAAGGUCUCUCAUACCUUUUGAGAAGAGGUACAAAUUCCCUGAUCAGUUCAGACUGCUCUAGCUCCACUGAUACCUUUAACGCCAACCGUAGUGAUCAAAGAUCAUAUACAUAUGUAUAUUUUUUCUAUAGAGCCAUAAACACAAUAAUGGUUUGUCUAAAA